AUGAAAUUUGAAAUACCGCUCUUUCAUUGCUACGUUUUUGGAAACUGGUAUAGUCUAUUAGGUUAUUAUAUUUUUAGUAAUUCUCUUCAGAUUCCUAACAACAAUCCUUUGAGCUCCCAACCAUUCAAGAAAAAGUCGAAAAAGUUGAUCUGGCAAGAACAACGUAAACUUGAAAGAGAGAGAAAGCAGCUAGAUGAGGACGAGCAAACCUUAGCAAAAAUAGAUGCUCCAAUUCCUCAAUCUAACAUUGACUUCAAGUUGUUAAAGCAAAUGGGUUACACCCCAGGCUCAGCACUUGGAAAGGAGGCGUCAGGUCGAGCUGAACCAGUGGGGCUUGACAUUCGGAGGUCUCGAGCAGGGAUUGGACGGGAUGACCCACUUAAGGAGAAAAGAAAAAGAGAGGAGAUUGAGUUUGAGAGAAAAAGGAAGAAUGAGGAGGCUUUGAUGGAAGAAUUUGGUUCCUGGCAAAAGUCACAGUGGCGCAGUCGGAGAGUUGUUGUAAAUUACAAGAAGGCAAAGGCUGCCCUUGAUCAACUUGAGAAUAAAGAAAUUGUUGUGCCAAAGAAGAAUGAUGAAGAAGAGGGGGAUCAAGAGGAAGAGGAAGAGGAAGAAGUAGUAACAGGAGAGAAUUUACAAGAUAUAUUGAUGAAACUGAGAGAGGAAUAUCAGUACUGCCCAUUCUGUGGAUUUCAAUAUGAAUCGAUGGAAGCACUUUUCUCGAGCUGCCCUGGAACCAAUGAAGAUGACCACUAGAGUGGACCAGAGUUUGUUUAUUCAGACUGUCUGAGAA